AUGGAUCCGUCUGGACGACGAGACGGACGCAGUGCCAGGAAGCGCUUCUUCAACCCAUACGAUGACGAUCACGAUUUCAACGGGGACCCCUUUGGUGUCAGGCCAAUGGAUCCCUUUGAUUUCGGACCACCGGCAAUGGUCCCAUUUGGCGUCGUCCCCCCUGAUGCAGGACCCUAUUUCAUCGACCAACAAGAGUUGAUAGAUGGGUAUUUGGACGGGAAUGCACGGGCGGACUUUCUCGCAGGCGUGCUCACUGCCAAGGAGGAAGAGGAGAGGAAGCAGAAAAGGAAGGAGCGCAGGCGGAAACACUACGAACAGAUGACACAACUUCACGACGAUUUUAGACUGCGACGGGAGGAUGAUAGGAGGCGAGAGGAGCGGAUCAAGGCGGCCCAAGCAAUGCCCGCUGCGUUGCCAGCGCCGUCACCAUUUGUCCUACCGUUUGCCCCUCCUCUGUUGGCCCUCGCCAAUGAUCCCGUCUCUACGGCCGUGCAACAACAGAUCGAACACAAUCAACAGAUGCGGGAAGGGGAGCUUAAAUUGAUGCAAAAUGCGCAAGAGCGGGACAAAAAGAUGAACGAGCUUAUGGCCGAGAGAGAAGCACUGAUGAAAAAGGAUCGGGCCAUGCUGGAAGAGAGGGAUAGUAAGGCCAGGCUUGAGGUUGAAGACGGGCUGAGGCGCGAGCGCAUGCGAAACGAAGCGCUGGAACGAGAGCUAAUGGAACAGAGAUUCGCUAAUCCGCGACGGGUUGAGGCCCCGCCGACUGUUGCCACGCUUCCAGCCCCAGCUGCGUAUCUUCAACCUUCUCAGAACUUCCAAUCCUAUCCUGGAGAACCAAACCAGGCGUUUGGACAGCAGCGCUACCAGGUGCAGUUUCAAGACCAACGCCGGUGGAAAACAUCAUCCCCGGAAAUUGAGGUUGAGGAGGUUGAAAACCCCAGCCCGGCAACCCUCCGAGCGAUCCAAGGCCGACCACCCACGCCGAAACCUGUGGUUGACAAUAGCGAAUUGGAUAAGGAAUAUAAGAAGGAUAUUGAGGAGGCUAUGAGGCAGAGCCUGAGUAUGCAGGCGUCUAGCAGCUCCAUGUCGCCGCAUGCAGUGCCACUCCCUUCCACUGCAGAGGAGAAGAGGAAGAAACAAGAGAGGCUUGACAACCAGGGCAGGAGACCGCCGACCCCUCAGCCACGAGAUCCGACCCCCCGGCCGCCGACACCGCCUCUGCAGAAUGACACCGACUAUGAUAAAACGUUCGAAGAGGACUUCGAGAGAGCCAUCCGCCUCAGCGAGCAGGAAUCGGCACCGCCACCCAGGAAUGAUAGAGAUUAG